AUGUCAAAAAUACUUUCUGGACAAAACCCAGGCCAAGAUGUUUUGCCUUUGACUGCCUGUGAUGAAGGCUCUCGACCAAGGAACUGGGGCUUGUUGGCCACCGGCCUUCUUGGUGGCUCAUUAGUGGUCCUGUAUUCGAUUGCAACCCCAUUCGUUGUUCCAGCCAUGAGGAAGCAUUGCCUGCCAUUUGUACCAGCUACUUCAAAGCAAAUUGACAAUGUCUUGAGUGUGCUGAAAGGCAGAAGCGGAUCCUUGGUGGACAUAGGUAGCGGUGAUGGGCGCAUUGUAAUCGCAGCUGCAAAAGUCGGUUUCAAAGCUGUUGGAUAUGAAUUGAAUCCCUGGUUAGUGUGGUAUUCCCGGUACCACGCUUGGAAAGCAGGGGUGCAUCAUAAUACUAAGUUUUACAUUUCGGACUUAUGGAAGGUCAAUUUUUCCCAAUAUACAAAUGUGGUUAUUUUUGGAGUACCUCAAAUGAUGCUGCAACUUGAGGAAAAGCUUGGAGAAGAACUCCAGCUGGAGGCCAAAGUCGUUGCAUGUCGUUUUCCUUUCCCCUGUUGGAAGCCGAGCCAUAGUGUCGGAGAGGGAAUUGACACAGUGUGGGGAUAUAACUCAGAAUCUUUCAGAAUGAGAGGGAAGAUGACUGAGCUAUGACC